GCGAAGCGGGAGAGGAAGAUGCGAGAAGCGGCCGCAGCCUCGCGCGCUCUGGCCCUGGGAGUCCUGCUUCUGGCGGCCGCUCAGCCCUCCCACAGUCGGCAGCAGCUGCAAAGACCGAGGGCUUUUAAAUGCGGUGGUAUACUAACCGGAGUAUCAGGGUUUAUUGGAAGUGAAGGAUUCCCAGGAGUCUACCCUCCAAACAGCAAAUGUACCUGGAAAAUCACAGUUCCUGAAGGGAAGGUUGUUGUUCUUUCUUUUAGAUUCAUAGACUUGGAAAGUGAUAAUUUAUGUCGAUAUGACUUUGUGGAUGUAUAUAAUGGCCAUGCCAAUGGUCAGCGCCUUGGCCGAUUCUGUGGCACUUUCAGACCUGGUGCUCUUGUGGCCAAUAGCAACAAGAUGUUGGUGCAGAUGAUUUCAGAUGCCAAUACAGCUGGAAACGGCUUUGUCGCAAAGUAUUCUGCAGCAGAGCCACAUGAAAGAGGAGACCAGUACUGUGGUGGACGAUUAGAUAAACCAACUGGAUCUUUUAAAACUCCUAACUGGCCUGAUCGUGAUUACCCAGCAGGGGUGACCUGUUCCUGGCACAUUGUAGCUCCAAAGAACCAGCUCAUAGAGUUAAGGUUUGAAAAAUUUGAUGUGGAGAGAGAUAACUAUUGCAGAUAUGACUAUGUGGCAGUGUUUAAUGGUGGCAAGAUUAAUGAUGCCAGGAGAAUUGGAAAGUACUGCGGAGACAGCCCACCAGCGCCUAUUAUAUCUGAAAGAAAUGAGUUGCUUAUUCAGUUUUUGUCUGAUUUAAGUUUAACUGCGGAUGGCUUUAUUGGUCAUUAUAAAUUCAGACCCAAAAAAUUACCAACAACCACAUUGUCAACCAUCACCACAACUCUUUCUACCAUCACAGCCUUGAAACCUACAGUGAGCCUGUGCCAGCAAAAAUGCAAAAGGAGUGGCACGCUUGAGAGCAAUUACUGUUCGAGUAACUUUGUAAUAACUGGAUCUGUUAUCACAACCAGCACCAGAGGUGGAAGUUUAUUUGCAACUGUAUUGAUCAUUAAUAUAUACAAAGAAGGAAAUUUAGCAAUCCAGCAAGCAGGCAAAAAUCUGAGUGCCAAGAUUACUGUUGUCUGUAAACAGUGUCCUCUUAUCAGAAGAGGCUUAAACUAUGUCAUCAUGGGCCAGGUAGAAGAAGAUGGCAGAGGUAAAAUCCUGCCCAGCAGUUUUACUGUGAGUUUCAAGACUAAGAACCAAAAAAUCCUGAAUGUCUUAAAAAACAAAAGGUGCUGAAGUAUGA